AAUGUUUGAAAUUUUGAAACUCCUUCAUCUCUUUUAUUUAAUGAAAAUGAAUGCUGUCCACUUUUUUAACUUAGCCCUCCUCACCCUCAAAUCCCUCUAAGCCUCAUUCUCGUUCGUUUGCUUCAGUCCUUCGUCGUCGUCGUGUAUUUUCCUUUGCUCUCCUUUUCUUGUCUCCAUAUUGCCCAAGAUUUAACAGAAACGAAGGGAAAAAAGAAGAAAACAGAUAACAUGGCUAUCACAGGUUCUGGUUCUGGGCAGCCACAGUUCAUUUCGAGCACCGGCAACCGAAGCUCUUCCAAUGCGCCACUCAUUGAGAACUCGGAUACUAAUCAAGUUGUUGUGCCUGAUAGGAGAAGUUGGAAAAAUUUAUUUGCCUACAUGGGACCUGGAUUUCUUGUAUCCAUUGCAUACAUAGACCCAGGGAACUUUGAGACGGAUCUUCAGGCUGGGGCACAAUUUAAAUAUGAGUUACUUUGGAUCAUAUUGGUGGCAUCAUGUGCUGCUCUUGUAAUUCAAUCAAUGGCAGCUAAUCUUGGGGUGGUCACUGGAAAACACUUAGCAGAGCAUUGUAGAAUUGAAUAUCCUCGGGUGCCCAACUUCAUCCUUUGGAUUAUUGCUGAAAUUGCUAUAGUGGCCUGUGACAUUCCUGAAGUAAUUGGGACAGCCUUCGCACUGAACAUGCUCUUCAACAUACCCGUUUGGAUUGGUGUUCUUCUGACAGGACUCAGCACAUUGAUUCUCUUAGCAUUACAGCAAUAUGGGGUUAGGAAACUUGAAUUCUUGAUUGCAUUUCUUGUAUUUACAAUUGCUGCAUGUUUUAUGGCUGAGCUUGGAUAUGCAAAGCCUGAUGCUAAAGAAGUUAUAAAGGGUCUUUUUGUGCCAGAACUAAAAGGAAAUGGUGCAACUGGUCUCGCAAUUUCCCUCCUUGGAGCUAUGGUUAUGCCGCACAAUCUCUUCCUACACUCAGCACUGGUGCUGUCUAGGAAAAUUCCACGAUCCCUUCGAGGAAUCAAGGAGGCUUGUAGAUUUUACAUGAUAGAAAGUGCCUUUGCCCUCAUGGUGGCCUUCCUCAUAAAUGUUUGUGUUAUUUCUGUAAGUGGUGCUGUUUGCAAUUCUUCGAAUUUGAAUGCAGAAGAUCAAAUGAGCUGUCAGAAUUUGGAUCUGAACGAAGCCUCCUUCCUACUUAGAAAUGUCUUGGGGAAAUGGAGUUCAAAACUGUUUGGAAUUGCUUUGCUUGCAUCGGGUCAAAGUUCUACUAUAACAGGAACAUAUGCAGGGCAAUAUGUUAUGCAGGGAUUUCUUGAUUUACGACUGGAGCCAUGGAUUCGGAAUAUGUUAACUCGUUGCUUAGCUAUAGUUCCUAGUUUGAUUGUUGCAGUCAUUGGUGGAUCAGCCGGGGCUGGGAAGCUCAUAAUAAUUGCAUCCAUGAUCUUAUCAUUUGAACUUCCUUUUGCUUUGGUUCCACUCCUCAAGUUUACAAGCUGCAAAACUAAGAUGGGGACACAUGUCAACUCUACCAUGAUUUCAGCUGUUACAUGGAUAAUCGGUACCCUCAUCAUGGCCAUUAACAUAUACUACAUAAUAACUGGCUUCAUCAAGCUGCUUAUUCACAGCCACAUAAAAAUUGUGGGUAAGGUGUUUCUUGGGAUGAUUGGAUUUUCAGGCAUGGCAAUAUAUCUAGCAGGUGUAACAUAUCUAGUGCUACGCAAAAAUACAGAGGCUACACACCUUUUGGCUCUAACAGCACCCGAAAAUCAACAUAUGACAAAUGAACAUGGCAAUGGACCAAUCUAUUCUCUUCCAAGAGAAGACAUAGUAAGCAUGCAAUUGCCUCAAAGAAGUACUCCUGCUGCUGAUCUUGACUGACCAAUAUGUAUCAGUAGAUGAGAAUAGCAAUAUAGACUUAGAUAAACAAAACAAAUAAAUAGCAAUAUUGGACUAGUAGAAGACUAACUUAAGUGUCACUUGAUUAGAAUUGCUAAACCUUUUUGCUUUUGAUGUUAUAACUAUUUCUUGUGUUUCAAAACUUGUGUGGAAGGAAGUGCUUCUGUUCUUUAUA